CGACAAAGGACGUCUGUAGCCGCUAUUUACAAGCUAUUCGUUACCAUGUCCGAUCGGGGCACAAACUCAACUCGUAAACGAAGUCGGCCAGAAGACUGGAAUGAAAUUGAACCUUCCCCAGUUGUUCAUGUCCGAGGUCUUUCAAGGCAUUGUGUGGAAAUAGAUGUUGUGAAGGCAUUUGAACCCUAUGGGCGUAUUCGCGACGUAACAAUGAUACCUCAGAAAAAACAAGCUUUGGUUGAAUUCGAGGACAUAUCGUCAGCUGAAACACUAAUUAAAAGAAAUCCCGAAAUAAAAAUUUUGAAUAGCCUGGUACAAAUCAGUUUCAGCACAUCGAAACACAUAGUUCAGCGGGCUGCAAAUAGAGUUCCUGCGGAUGAACGAAGUUCUCUUUCAGCAGAUAAUCAUAUUCUUUUAUUCACAAUUUACGAUACUGAUCGUCCUAUAACGGUCGAAACAAUUUAUCGAAUAACAUUCUCGUACGGUAAUGUCCUUCGAAUAGUCAUCUUUCGAAAAUCCCAGGUUCAGGCAAUGGUGGAGUUUGGGAGUGUUCAAGAAGCACGCAACGCAAAACUGCAUUUGAAUGGUGCAGAUAUUUUCCCAGGGUGUUGUACUUUAAAGGUAGACUAUGCUCGUCCAGCUCGGUUAUCUGUGCCCAGAAAUGAUCAAGAUAACUGGGACUUCGAGAAAUGCGAACCUGAUUCAUCGUGUAAUUUUCAAGAUCAACAUUAUCAAAACUCACUUCUCGGUUAUACGGAUGAGAGUUAUUACGAUUACGAACAUCCUUAUGGACAGUAUCCUUACGAAAAUUCAAACAAUUACGGACGCUCAUAUCCCUCAGAAUUUAAAAACAUACCUGUGGCUCCUCCUAAUAUCCCUUCAGUAAAUGGUGCUCAAAAUAGAAAUAGAAAUUCUAACUGCACUCCAGUGGUUAUGCUAUACAAUAUUGAUGUGAAUAAAAUGAACUGCGAUCGCAUAUUCAAUAUUUUGUGUGUUUAUGGCAACGUUAUUCGUGUUAAAUUUCUCCGUACUAAAGAAGGUUCAGCUAUGGUUGAAAUGGGAGAUGUUGACUCAGCUACUCGCUUAAUCCGGAAUAUCUCAGGUGUUUCAUUUAUGGGUAACCAAUUAAUGGUACGAACUAGUAAACAAGAUGUGAUUUUGGAUGUGUCUAGUCCAUUCCAAUUACCUGAUGGUUCUCCUUCUUUUAAAGAUUACAGUAAAGAUCGUAAUAACAGGUAUACUACAGCAAUUAUGGCUAAAAAGAAUCGUAUUCAUCCACCUUCACGUACAUUGCAUUAUUGGAAUGCUCCUCCUAAAAUUUCAACUGAUGAUUUAUUACAGUUUGUAAGAGCAUGUGGAGCUUCUGAACCUCAACAUAUUGAACAAUUUGCCAAAAGUUCCGAUAAAUCUUCGUCUGGUUUUAUUAAAUGGCAUACAGAUGCUGAAGCAUUUGAAGCUUUAGCUUUAUGCAAUCAUCAACCAAUUAAAGAUGAUGAAUGUACAUAUCCAUUUACUAUUAAAUUGGCAUUUGCAAGUCCUAGUUUAUCUACUGAACCAAUUCAUAUUGGCAAUGAUAAGAGUACUACUGAUGAGAAUGGAUUAAAUCAUAUUGAAUGAUCUUAAGAUCACAUUAUACAUCAAUCCCUAUGUAUCUCAAUCGAUCCUCAGCACCAACAUCAUCAGCACAAUCAUCAUUAUUAGUAUCACAGCACAAAUACUACUGACUGACUGACUGACUGAACAUGCCACAUCAUAAUUACCAAUCAGCAUGGCAUCCAUAUAUAUAUAUAUAUAUUUAUAUAUAAAUAAUACAGGAUAUUUGUUAUUUCAACCACAACAGCAGCAACAACAACAACCACAACACCAACAACAUGUAAUUGUAGCAUUGAAGUUGUUUAAUUUUUACUUCUCUGUCUUUAUUUGUCCUACUACAUUGAAUUUUGUGCAUUCAUUUCUUUUUCUGUGUGUGUGUGUGUGCAUUCUUUUGAAUUCAAUCAUUAAUUUAUACUACAUAUAAUGAAUGUAUAAAAUUACUGAUACGACGUGACGUCUAACAGCCACUGACAACAGACGACUCAAUAAUGGCUCGUCUCCUUUUUUUUCUCUUCUUCUUUUUUGUUUCCUAUUUGUGUUGUUUCGCCUCCCUCUUUUUUUCUGUUCUCUCUCUCUCUCAGUUUUGUGUCCGUAUUAAAUAUUUUUAAUUGUUUACCUCUUCUGUUUUUUUUUUGUUUUUGUAUCACAAAUAUAAGUAUGAUUAUUUGAUCUUUUGUUGUGUUGUUGGUUUGCGUUUUUUUUUAUAUUUAGUUUCCUUCUUCUGCAAUGAAUACAUUUUAUUGUAUGUUAAAUAAAUGGUGUUUAGCUUAGUGGGGG